ACUGGUAUGGAGGACAGCCCCCUCCCCAGGCGAUCGGGCGGUCCCCUGCCCAGUGCCGUGCGCAGAAGUUCAGUUGGGGGCUGUCGCCGCCGGAGCAUCACCCCGAGAAACAGCCUUCUGCGCUCGUCUUCCGCGCUUCCUUUGUCCUCGGCCAGCGCCCCUGUUUGUGUGCCUUUAAUGGCCUCUGGGGUGCCCCUGAAAGACUCCUGCUAGUAUGGGCCUUCUACAGAGCCAGUCCAGGCUAGGAUGGCUGGAUCACUAACAGCAGCUGAAACUCUGGCCCUUCAGGAUACACAGGAUCAAGAGAAGAUUAUGAUGAUGGAGCCAAAGGAAGAGGAACAGUCUUGGGAGUAUGAGACCAGGCUACAUGGGAACCACUCUCCCAGUCAGGAGAUCUUCCGCCAACGCUUCAGGCAGCUCUGCUACCAGGAGACUCCUGGUCCCCGGGAGGCCCUGAGCCGACUAAGGGUACUCUGCUGUGAGUGGCUAAGGCCCGAGAGGCACACCAAGGAGCAGAUCCUGGAGUUACUGGUGCUGGAACAAUUCCUGACCAUCCUACCGGAGAAGCUCCAGUCCUGGGUGCGGGGACAUCACCCUAAGAGUGGAGAGGAGGCUGUGACUGUGCUGGAGGAUUUAGAGAAAGGACUUGAUGAACCAGGACUGCAGGUCCCAGGCCCGGCACACAGACCUGCACAGGAAGAGCCGUGGGAGGAGAAGGAAGCUGUGGGAGCUGCCCAGGAGAAACCAAGCAUCCAGCUCCAGCCUAAGGAGACCCAGCCUUUCCCAGAGAGCGAACAGGUAUAUUUACAUUUUCCAUCAGUUGUUGCAGAAGAUGAUGCAGAGCCCAAGGACAAAGGGUCGUUGCCAGAACCACCCAUUACUGACGUGGAAUCACAGGUGCUCAGAGAAAAACUCACCACCAGCACCUCUACAUUUGAAGCUGCCUCUGAAGUUGAGGCCCCUUUAGAGCAGCAACAGAGAAAUCUCAAAGGGGAAAGACUGAAGCAGUCCCCCGCUCAGGGGAAAAGCUUCAGGCAGAUGGUUGUCACCCUUAAGACAACUCCAACAGGGAAGAAAGACCAUGAAUGCAGUGAAUGUGGUAAAGCCUUCAUUUAUAACUCACACCUUAUAAUCCACCAGAGAAUCCAUUCUGGAGAGAAACCCUAUAAGUGCAGUGACUGUGGGAAGACUUUCAACCAGAGCUCAAACCUCAUUCAGCAUCAGAGAAUUCAUACAGGAGAGAAACCCUACGAAUGUCAUGUGUGUGGGAAGUCCUUCAGGUGGAGUGCUCAUCUUGUUCAACAUCAGAGGGUUCAUUCAGGGGAGAAGCCCUACGAGUGUAAUGAGUGUGGGAAGGCCUUCAGUCAAAGCUCAUAUCUAAGUCAGCAUCUGAGAAUCCACAGUGGAGAGAAACCUUUCCUAUGUAAAAAAUGUGGGAAGGCCUACAGAUGGAGUUCUGAGCUUAUCAGACAUCAGAGAGUUCAUGCCAGAAAAGAGCCUUCCCAAUGGACUGUGGGUGAGAAAGUCUCCAGACAGAAUUGUACUUUUGUCUAAUCAGUUUUAGGACUAUAUUCCAUAAAAGUUAUAAGCACCUUAAGAUUUUUCCUGUGUCUUUCUUGAUUUAGGAAAAAAUGUUUACCUAGUCCCACCUGCAGCUCAUCGCUUCACACCCUUUGUUUGAGAUGACUGUAUCAACUAGCAUGCCUUUGGCUGCGAGUAACAGCCAAGAUGCCGACUUCAUUAGGGUUCUGGGCCUGGCACAGAGCAGCUGUGCAGGCAGUGGCCAUCCUAUAUUAGUAU